GCCCGUCUCUUCAUAUCCUGUCAGUGACCACGUUUCUUUAACCGUCGUCUUCCAAGUCUAUCCGUAUUUUUCCAAGAGACAAGUGAUACAAGAUGAUGCUGGUGCCGCUAGCUGUAGUGCUCCUCGCAGCGUUCGCUAACGCCGAACCAGCGAUCAAUGAAGCCCGACCGCACAGUAACCGACCUGGAAGAUUCUUGUCUCUUCCGAUACCGCAAAAGUGCGCAAAUCGGCCGAAGCAGUUUAACUUCCGAGGGCACAACUAUUUCUACAGCGGGCACGUACCGGCUCAUGCCAAUCAGAAAGUGGAUUGGUUAGACGCUAGAAAUAUUUGCAGGGAAUACUGCAUGGAUCUCAUUUCGAUGGAAACUCAAGAAGAAAACAAUAUGAUCUUCAGGCUCAUCCAGCAGAACGAUGUUCCUUACAUCUGGACGUCUGGACGUCUCUGCGACUUCAAGGGUUGCGAGAACCGACGCGACCUCGAGCCCAAGUCUUUGUACGGUUGGUUCUGGUCGGCGAAUCGCGAGAAGAUGGCACCCACUAACCAAGCACCGAAUGGUUGGGGUUUCAAUCCGUGGUCGCAGACCGGCCACAAGAAGGUCAGGCAGCCGGAUAAUGCCGAAUAUGACAUCAAUGGCACCAACGAAUCCUGCUUGUCCGUCUUGAACAACGUUUAUAACGACGGCAUCGCUUGGCACGACGUCGCGUGUUACCAUGAGAAACCGUUCGUCUGCGAGGACUCUGAGGAGUUGCUCAACUACGUGGCCAGCACCAACCGCGGUAUUCGCCUCUAAAGCGAUCGCGGUCAGUCGACACCUACGUGGUGAACAUGCGAUCGUCCAUCAGCGUCAUAUCAGCACUCACUUUCCUUCUGUACUUCCCGUCGCGGAGUCGAUGAGACACGUGCCAAAUAUAAGGACGCGGGCAAUUCUUCUCAGAUAAUUAUAGAGAAUCCUUUAGAAACGUGUUAGAUGUAGCAAAAAAAAAUUUCAUGAUAUUUCUAUAACUAAAAUUUACGAACGUUAUCUUUUUAUAAUUAUAUUUUACAAUAAAAUACAAUUUUAUAUAAUGUUUUUUACUAAUUGUAUCAUUCGAAAUAAAAGCUUGCUAGGAUUA